AUGGCGUCUCCUCCUUCGCAGGAGCUGGUCAAGCAAUCUGCUGGCCAGCUUAUGCCUCCUCCGCCACCCCCGAAGCGAAUCAAACGUCCCGCGACCGUCCUUGACGAAGACGUCUACACCAGCACUUUGUCCCACAUUAUCGCCCGUGACUUCUUUCCGGGAUUACUCGAGACACAAAUAAAACAAGAAUACCUGGAAGCCCUUGAGUCGAAAGAUAAAGCAUGGAUCGCAAGUUCGAAGAAGAAAUUGGCAGGCGUCAUGCGUACGCCUACCCCAGGGUCAAAUGUAAGACGAAAGUCAGACUAUGCAUCGGUCCCGAGUACACCGCAGCAUUUCCCUUCCGGGCAACCGGGUGAUACUCCGCACGGCUGGGGAGGCGAUACUCCCAUGUCGGUCAUAUCAACUUCCACGGCGGCAACCGAAACGCAAGACCGACAUAUACCUGAUGUAUCGAAUAUGGGACUGGUCGCCUUCCAGGCGAAGUAUACCAGCGAAGACAACGAGUCCUUCAACAAAGUCUUGGACAAGCAGAAUGAAAAGCGACGAGAGAAACACCCCUGGCUUUGGAGCGGGAACAAAAUCCCCUCGGCCCGGCAAAUUGCACACCACCAACAAGAAAUCAAGCGCAUCACAGCCCAAGGCGGAAACCCGGAAACGGGCCUCAUCAAACGAGACGAGCAUGCUCAACCUGCCAUCAAAACAGACCUGGAUGCGCGCCCCGCAAAUCCAGACACGUGGAAAACCCGACCAGACAACACCCUCAUGUUCCUGCCAUCAUCGGUGGAGGAUACCCACGAGACACUCGCGCAGAAAGCAGAAACGACAUCCCGAGCAGGCCUGAAGCGAACUCUCUACCAAAAUACCAGACUCCUAGACCCACAUGCCGCAGCAGCAGCGGAUGCCGCCAGCGCCGUACCCCCUUCACCCUCACUCUCUGCCAUUCAAGAUGCCAUCGCUGGCCGACCCCGCCUCGGCGAGUCGGAAGCUGCAUCCGCCUAUGCAGGGAGCGAGACUCCAAGGGUCAACGGAUAUGCCUUCGUCGACGAGGAUGAGCCCGAACCUGAAUUUACAUAUGGCUCCAGCUCCAAAACCGACGACAUGGAAGUCGACUGGCGCCUCCUCGGACCGACCUCUGAAAAGCCAAAUCCCUUCCAACUUGGCGAGACUCGCAAGCGUGAAGCCCUGCAUCACCGUAUGGUCGAUCGUGUAGCACGAAACAAACGUGCUGAAAAGGCCGCCCGUGUUACGAAGACGCCUGUCUCGUUGACCCCGCGCUUUGGUAGCAGUCCUCGGUUUGACUUUGGGUCUCAGUCUACGCCUGGGGCUGGCUCUAGUAGAGGCUCUGUCUCUGGUGGAGGACAUCAGGGAAAGAUGCUUACGCCUGCAGCGCAGAAGCUGUUGCAGCAGGUCGGGGGUACGCCAAGGUCUGGAGAGAGGAAAUCUGGACUGGGGAAUCUCUGGACUCCUACGCCGAAGCGAAAGUGA